UUUAAAACAAUAUUUGAUUCUUAUAUCUUUCUUUUUAUCUUUUGUUUUUCUUUCUUUUCCAUUGUGUAGUUAUAAUUGUAAUGUUUUAUCUGUAGCCUGUACCGUAUGUACUAUCCUUUUCGUCCAUGCAUCACCCAUACAAAUUCUCAUGUAGGCCUACAUAAUUAUUCGAUGUUGUCAUAAUCGCAUGAUGUUGCCACCACCGCAAAUAUUAUAUUGUUAUUAUAAAUUUAUUAAAAUGCCAUCUAUGCGCUGCUAUCAUUAUAAGUGCAAUCCAUAAUUUAAUUUGAAUGGCUUGAAUAAAUUAGCACCGGGAUUAGCUAUGGACAGUCUUGUAAACACGAUGUGUUUAGUUAACGUAUGGAUAUAAUAAUACGCUCAUAACUCGACUAAUUGUUUAAGAUUAGUGAAGCGUCGUGUUAACAAUUCCGGCAUUACAUGAUCGAUCGGUUAAUAAUUUUAGUCUAUACUUAUAACAUACAAUAUAUGAACACAACAAAGCAGCAUUCAUUGCAGCUGCCGGUAAUGUGUGUUGAAUGGCGAAUCCAAAGGUUACAUGGCGAGGGAGACAGCAGUUAAUUUUGAUGUUAAAAUAUUAUGAAACGUUUCAGAAUGUUCAGUCGAAGUAAAAGCCUGACUGUAACCAGGGGAGACCCAUUAUUCAGUGUCCGUUACCUUGGAAAGCAGCUGCCGCCAGACGGCAGCUUUUCCGUGAACUCUGAAAAUCCUGUCACCCGUCUUUGGGACUCGUGCAAAGACAAGCUGAAGUCUUUACCAAAGUGUGAACUCGUCUUAAACUGUCAAGGAAUCGAAAUGCGGUUUGGAGAAUCCAGAGACAAUGCGCCACAGACCAAAACAUUCAGGAUGGUGGAUAUAGCACGCUGUCGUGCAAGCCGAGAUCCUCCAAAACUGUUUAUUUGGAUCGCUUACAAUACCGAGGAUGACUGUAUGGAGUACCAUGCUGUCUCCUGUAGUUCCAACGACAUGGCCAGUGAGAUGGCCAUUAUUAUGAACAAUUACUUCCACAUGGCUUGGCAGAACAAUCGAGUCCGCACGUCUAGACAUGAACGAUAUGAAAUUUUUCGUAAAUCAGCAAUCAAAGAAUCAUCGCUAAUGUAGACAAAAUACUUGCACAAGAAGAUGCUGGAAUGGCCAAACAAACAUUAAACACUCGUUAUUUAAAACAAUAAUUAUAUCAUGAUUAAUUUCAGGGGUGGCGCCAGCGGGCCCCCCGGCGG